AUGGAACUGUCGCUAAAUUGUUUUGUUCUAGGCAGCAGGAAUACUUUUACGGCUAACGUUCCCAAGAAAUAUAUCAAUGAAAGUAAUUUGACUGUAAUCGAAUAUACCGUUUCAAACUUUAAGGAGAUAAUUAAAAACCAAGUUAAACAUGCAGUUCCUGAUCCCGAAGAUCCAAACAGUAUGGAACUUUGGCUAGUUGAUAUCGACGAUGGAAGUCUUAAAAAUAUUUCUACCGAAAAAGACAUUGAAAACAAAUUUAACGGCAAGAGGAUGAAAUUCCCCGUCACUGAUACUCCAAAUAAAAGAAUAAAACUUGAAGAUAUUGGAAUAGGACUUAUACAAGAUAAGACAACCGAAUAUUUACAAGAACUCUUGUGUCCUUUUGAUGAACCAGUCGAUUUUUUCGAGUUUCUUCCUGGUGUAAUGCUUACUGUUGGAAAUGCUAUGAAACUUUAUAAGGGUAAGAAAAACCAGGAGAUGGAAACCAGUUAUAUGGUCGACAAUGUCAUUCGGAAAAUGCUUAAACUUGCUGAUAAAUAUAUUGGUACAUUUGGUUUAGAAUGGGCUCGCAACAAUAAAACGAAUGAUUUCACUACAACUACAGACAAAGACGUACUUGUAAUAAUGGGCGAGGAAAAAGCUACUAAUUCAACAUUUGCAACUGCAGCGGCAGAUUUAGAUUAUUACUAUAAAUUUUGGAACAUGCUUGCCUUAGGUGAAUUACCACUUGUUAUUGCCUUUGCAGCAGUUGAUGCACAGAUACAAUUUUAUUAUUAUCAUGUAGUUGAAUCAUCAACAACACCAAAACGUAUUGGAGAUGUUCUGUCACUUGGAACUAAAGUUAAGCGAACUUUCUUGCAAUUUGAUCUAUAA